AGCCUGGAGGCAGCAGUGGGCAACUAGAGCGCCUGCUUUCCGGAAACUGAGGCACGAGGCAAGCAAAACAUUUUCCACCGGCUCUCUCUCUUUGUCCAUCCUCCUCCCUGCUGGAGCAACAUCUACAGCAACACCAUGUCGAAUGUUGUCGAUACAAAACUAUACGACAUUCUCGGAGUGUCUCCAUCCGCAUCUGAAAAUGAGCUGAAGAAGGCAUACCGGAAACUGGCAAAAGAAUAUCACCCUGAUAAGAACCCCAAUGCUGGUGACAAGUUCAAAGAAAUAAGCUUUGCCUAUGAAGUGCUGACCAACCCUGAAAAGAAGGAACUUUAUGACCGCUAUGGAGAACAAGGAUUGCGGGAAGGAGGUGGGGGUGGCCCAGGGAUGGAUGACAUCUUCUCCCACAUCUUUGGCAGUGGACUCUUUGGAUUCAUGGGUGGCCAGGGGAGUCGCUCCAGGAAUGGAGGUCGGAGAAGAGGCGAGGACAUGGUCCACCCACUCAAGGUGUCACUGGAGGACCUUUAUAAUGGAAAAACAACUAAACUACAACUUAGCAAGAAUGUACUGUGUAGCACUUGUAAUGGGCAGGGAGGCAAGACGGGCGCUGUACAAAAAUGUUCAACAUGUAGGGGGCGUGGCAUGCGCAUCAUGAUCAGACAGCUGGCCCCAGGGAUGGUCCAACAGAUGCAGUCUGUGUGUACUGAUUGUAACGGGGAAGGUGAAGUUAUCAGUGAGAAAGACCGCUGUAAAAAAUGUGAGGGCAAGAAAGUCGUGAAGGAGGUGAAGAUUCUGGAAGUACAUGUGGACAAAGGCAUGAAGCAUGGCCAGAAAAUUACCUUUGGAGGCGAGGCUGAUCAGGCACCUGGCGUUGAGCCUGGGGACAUAGUCCUUGUCCUACAGGAAAAGGAUCAUGAGAUAUUCAAGCGAGAUGGCAAUGACCUGUUCAUGAACCACAAGAUCGGGCUGGUGGAGGCGCUGUGCGGCUUCCAGUUUAUGCUCAAACACUUAGACGGAAGACAGAUUGUUGUGAAGUACCCUGCUGGCAAAGUCAUUGAACCAGGUUCGGUCAGGGUGGUGCGAGGAGAGGGCAUGCCACAGUACAGAAACCCUUUUGAGAAGGGAGAUCUCUUUGUCAAGUUUGAUGUCCAGUUCCCAAACAACAACUGGAUCAGCCCUGAGAAACUUGCGGAGCUGGAGGACAUGCUGCCCUCACGAUCAGAGCCACCCAUCAUCACAGGAGACACAGAGGAAGUUGACCUGCAGGAUUAUGAUGUCAGCCAGAGCUCAUCAUCGGGUAGUCGCAGAGAGGCCUACAACGACAGUUCUGAUGAGGAGGGUGGCCACCAUGGCCCAGGGGUACAGUGUGCCCAUCAGUAGUCUCAUACUCUUACACACACCACACACACACACACACACACACACACACACACACAAAACCCAUGUUCUGCUUGGGGAGAAGAUGUAUGAGUUGCAGAGUAAACAAGGAUGCUGGUCAGUCUUGAAAAGCAUGGUAAUUCCUCAGACACAGAUCAAAAAUUAAAUUGUGGCACCUGGAACUGUUGAUUGUCAUUGACUUGUGUGCUGAGAUUAUUUUGAACUUUGUCUGAGGAGCACCCACAGGGGUAGUCGGAGACUUUGCACUGCACCUGAAACAGAUUUAGACACUUUAAACAGCAGCUUCAGGACGAGGUCAUAUUAAGUAUUUAAGGAGUAUCAUAACCAGUGGUUGCCCCAGUGAAUGCCAUGUAGGAUUAUGAUCUGGUGUUCGAGGUGAACCCCUCACCCUUCUACUUCUGUCACCCCUGAUGAAAUCCAUUCCCCCCGCUAAUGGGAACUCCAGAUCAGUCUAAGGAAGAAAUGUUUGUUUGCUGAGUGUGUGACUUGCAUUUUGUUUUCAUAGUAUUUACAAUAAUUAAUUUAAAAACUAACCGAUGUGCAUACACAGACAAAGCAGCUGGGCAAUGUGACGUGCAGAUCCUUGGACUCAUGUAUUCAUGGAUUCAUCCACUCAGCGCCAUUUGUAGGAUUUGAUUCCGAUUUUUACAGUUUCAUUUUCUUUGUAGGUUUUUACUCUUUUUUUUUUCUUCAUAUUUUAAUUCAAACCGAAAACUGGUUAUUGUGUAUAUCAUUGAACUGGUUGUUGGUAAGCUUCAUCAGCUGCUGUAUUCAAAGCUGUGUGAUUUUUUUUUUUUUUUUUUUUUUAAAAAAGAAAUAACAAAAGUGAAAUGAUGAAAAUGUAUAGCCUGUAUCUGUGCUGAGACCAUGUGCAUGUAAAAGCUUUGGUUCCCGCACUUAACAAACAUCAUAUACAGCAGCACACUUCCUAAAAAAAUAUCUAUGAAGUUGUUGAAUAAAUUGUUGAAAUAUCA